AUGCCCGUUGAGUUCAUCAGCCUCACGUUCCCCAAUGCUUCCACGGAGCUCAAGCCAAUCCCAAACGCAAGGAUUGAUCCAGAGUACCUGGAACGGUACGCACGAAACCUAGAUGACUAUGGCUUCAACUACACACUAGUGCCGUACGACUCAUCUUACUUUGACCCCUGGACAAUCGGAGCGACUAUCGCGGCCAAGACGAAGAGACUCAAAAUCAUCAUCGCUCUGCGCCCCAACACAUUGUACCCCACUGUGGCAGCAAGGGCUCUCGCAACAUUGGACCAACUUAGCUCCGGUCGUGCGGUCGUUCACUUCAUCGCCGGAGGCAGUGAUGCUGAACAAGCGAAGGAGGGCGAUUUUCUGACGAAAGAGCAACGGUACGCGCGACUGGAGGAAUAUAUCCGAAUUCUCCGUCGAGCGUGGGAUUCCCCUGAUCCAUUUGAUUGGGAUGGCACAUAUUACCAGUUCAAGCAGUUCACCAAUAAGGUACGGCCCAUUAACAAGACGAUCCCCGUCUCUGUGGGUGGUUCAUCCGAUGAUGCCUACCGAAUUGGCGGUGCUCUAGCAGAUAUUUUCGGCCUAUGGGGAGAGCCUUUGAAAGAAACUAAGCAACAAAUCGACAAGAUCUACGCGGCAGCUGAGAGCGCCGGUCGCUCUGACCGUCCUCGCAUCUGGGUAACCUUCCGGCCGAUCAUCGCAGAGACAGACGAGCUGGCCUGGGCCAAGGCUUACCGCACUUUAGAUGCUCUCAAGGCGAAUCGGCCGGGUAGUCAAGGUAACACGGGCGGGGCGCCACAAAAUGUCGGGUCUCAGCGGUUGUUGGACAUUGCAGCUCGUGGGGAGGUGCAGGAUCGGGCCCUUUGGUAUCCGACUGUUGUUGCUACGAAUGCCAAAGGGGCGUCUACAGCGUUAGUGGGAUCUGCACAAACGAUCGUCGACUCGAUUCUGGAUUAUGUUGAUUUGGGUGCGGAACUGAUCUCCAUCCGUGGGUAUGACAACCUCAAUGAUGCGAUUGAUUAUGGACGUUAUAUCCUGCCACCUGUGCGUGAGGUGCUGCAGGGACGAGAGGCUAAACCUACGGCUUAA